CAAUUGCAUGCCAUAUCUUGCAAGUAGACGAAUGACCAGAUCAAUGUCAGAUUGACUUCAUUCCAGUAAUAUCUGCUUUUCACUACGUCGUCAUUUCCCGCAACGCAAGGUGAACGUUGAAAUGAUGUCCGGUCGGUGUGCUCAGUCCAGCCAGUCAAAGGCGAAAGGCCCCAGAGGCAGAGUUAAGGUCAAAUCUGGCUGCAGCACCUGCAAGAUUCGAAAGGUCAAGUGUGAUGAAGGCCGUCCAUGCUGUAAGAGAUGCAUCGGCACUGGGCGCAUCUGCGACGGCUACGGCAUAUGGGGCGGCGGAGGCAACGGGUAUGGACAACGUCGUACUGGUCCGAAAGACUCCAAUACCGAUCCACCACCCAAGUUGGCCGUCACAAUCAGUCCAACUGUGCUGGUUGAUGAUGACCAAGGCUAUUUCGAGUGGUUCAGGUACCGAACUGCCUUGAAACUUCCCGGUGCCUUCGUCUCGGCCUUUUGGGACACCUUAGUACUGCAGGCAAGUUCAAGCGAGCCUGCAGUGCUGCACGCCGCCCUAGCCUUGAGUGCCACGCACAAGAAGGAGGUGGUGGGGAUUCUCGGCCACGGGAAAGAAAAGAGCUCCUCGGAUGGGGAUGAGACGUUCGCAUUGCGACAAUACAGCAAGGCCAUCACCCGCCUCCAGGCCCCCUUUCUGGCCAACAAUAAGGCUUCCGUCCGCGUGGCUCUCAUCACCUGCGCCAUUUUCAUCUGCCUCGAGUACAUCCGCGGACAUUACAGGACUGGUCAUAUCCACCUUCUCAAUGGACUGAAGCUCCUCAGAGAAUUGCAGUUCUACACCGCCAGCUCGCCUUCCCAUGAUGCAUCUUCCGGCAGCCCCCGUCUUGACUCCGUCGAUGAAUGCCUCCUCGAGACCUUUUCAAGACUUUACACCCAGGCCAAGAUGCUGGAGCAGAGUUUACCCCGAGUUGCCGCCUUCCUGGAUACUACGGUGUCCAAACCCCUGGGCCUCACAUUCCUCUCCACCCAGCAGGCCAAGUUGCAACUCCAACAAGUGCUGAAUGGCGUCACACAUCUAUCGGAGCAAUUCUGUCCAACUACCAACCGCCAAGAAGAAGCAGCAACAACGAUAUGUCCGCCUGAACUUGUCAAAGUCCAGAUUCGCAUCAAAGACGAGCUGCGAGUCUGGCUCGAGACGUACAAAGCAUCUCAUGCCCGCCUGCAGCUUGACCCGACCUCCGCAGACGCAUACGCCUACCGGCUUCUGCUCAUCCAUUACACCUUGAUCCAAAUCAUGGCGGCGACUUGCCUCCCACAGGCCAGCGGGGAAUCUCGAUUCGACGCCCACAACACCGACUUUGCCGUCAUCAUAGCCCGGACCAUAGAUUUCUUCCAAUUUCUUUCUUCAAGAUCUACAGGAUCUGCGUCUAUGCUUGACCCCCCACCGGAUAGCACCCAAGGCAGUAGGUCUCCGUAUACUUCUGAGUUGGGCUGCAUCCCGCCGUUGUACUACACGGCUAUCAAGUGUCGAGUGCAUAGGGUCAGGCUACACGCCAUCAGGUUGCUCGAGAACUCUCCGCAUCGGGAAGGGAUAUGGGAUGCGAUGCUGGCUGCGAGGAUUGCACGCCAGGUCAUGCAGUUAGAGGAGGAGGACGUCUACGAUGAUCCCAAUAUGUUCCAUGAUGAUUUCCCACUCAGCAGUACGCCGGGGGAGGAGCACUUGUCGAUGCCGACAAUACCCGAGGUUUACAGGAUACAGGAUGUCCAAGUAGUCCUGCCUGAUGACCCGAUGGAAAAUGUGGUGUUGAAGUGUAGGCGCAGGCGGUAUGACGGCAGCUUUGAGACCUUGGUGCGGGAAUUCGAAGUUGUCUCUCAGUCUUGGAUGAAAGGACGAGGGGUUUAGUGAUAGCCAGGAAAACUGUACAUGCCAGCUACGUGCCCAAGGUUGCACCCCAAUUGAAUUGAUAAUUGAUAUCC